UUUAAUCUGUUUUCAAAAGCUUCUGGGCACUGCAAACUGAUUUUACUCAUUGUUCCAAAAUAUUUGAGGAUCAGUCAGUGAAUUUUGAGAGAAUCUGUCAGAAGGUGGAGUUGGGUCAGGCCAAUAAAUGUGGACAAACCUAAUAGAUAAGUGAGACAGAGGGAGGCAGGCACUCACACAUACAGUGAGAGAAAGGGGAAACAGAGGAGGGGAGGAAACUAUUUACUUUUGUUUUUUUUCCACAACUUGACAUGGGAUUUCAUAAAUUCUUCACUGGAGUCUGAACCAGAGAGGUUUGCUCAAACUGUAAGGAAGGAACCAAAGGAAAGAUGAAGGACUUGAUGCAAUCAGUAGAAUUAGGGGUAUCCCAGCGGAGUCAAGUGGAAAUAAAGCGACCCAAAGUUUGGCUGAGGAGUGAACUGUCACGAGUGGGACUUGCUGAAUUUCUUUCAACAUAUGUCAUGAUGGCAUUAGGUCUGGGUUCUGUGGCCCAGGUUGUGACCGGUCAAGGAGUAUUUGGACAGUACCUCAGCAUCAACCUCGGCUUUGGACUAGCUGUUGCAAUGGGGGUUCAUGUUGGAGGAAAUGUGUCUGGCGCUCAUAUGAAUGGAGCAGUCUCCCUCACAAUGUGUGUCUUUGGCCGCCUGCAAUGGAAGAGGCUGCCCUUGUAUAUUUUUGUACAGCUUUUGGGGUCCUUCCUCGGUGCAGCAACAAUUUACGCUAUUUACUACGAGGCCAUUUAUGACUAUUGUGGUGGAAACCUGACUGUUACGGGUGAAAGGGCCACAGCUGGGAUCUUUGCCACCUACCCUGCACCAUACCUCUCCUUGAUUGGUGGCUUCUUUGACCAGGUGUUUGGCACAGCCAUGCUGCUGCUGUGCCUGAUGGCUCUAUCCGACCAAAAGAACAAACCAGCUGCUAGAGGGGCUGAACCCAUCGCUGUGGGCCUCCUUGUUGUUCUUAUUGGAAUUUCUCUGGGCAGCAACAGUGGUUAUGCUAUCAACCCAACAAGAGACAUUGCACCAAGGAUCUUCACUGCAAUUGCAGGCUGGGGAUGGGAUGUGUUCAGGUCUGGAAAUGGGUGGUGGUGGGUCCCUCUAGUGGCUACUCCCAUUGGAGGAGUGCUGGGAGCUGGGCUGUAUAAGGUUUUUGUAGAAAUGCACCACCCACCGUCCUCUGGACAGGAGAUGGAGCCUGACGAAGAAGAGUCUUUCCCGCUGAAGAAUAAAAGAAACAUCUGUUCUGAUGUAUGUGUGAAACCAGAAACAAAUGGAAACAACUAAACGCUUGUACAGCUGUGGGGAUUUGAGGAUGCUGCUGCAACCGUCUUAAAACAACACCUGCAAUGUAUAAAAUCACAAACAGAUCAAUCUAUGACUGUUUUUCUGCUUAGUUAGCAAUGCUUAACUACACUGCAAUUACGAUAUUUAAAACAAAGAUAAUUUAACUGCAAAACAGAUGAUUAAAAAAAGCCCUUCUGUUUCGUAAUUAGUUUUUUUUAUCUUAUGUGAGGAACAGCAGCUUAGGCGAGUUUGGUUAAGCCUUUAAAAUAAGGCAAAAAAGAAAAUCAUACAGCAGUGAUCUGGGCCCGAGGUCUUUCAUGAAAUGUCAGGAUAUGCAAGGAGAAGUAAACAACUUCUGGAAAUAAAUAAAAGCAGCAGGAGCCAGCUCCUCACAGUGUUCAAAGGGCAGCAGCACAAGGGAAAUAAGUUCAAAAUAAAGUUUCUUGCAUACAUUUCCAUCAGUCAAAAGCACAGUUUUCUUACCGAUUAGAUUUGUUUUUAUAUGAAGUGUGAUGGGUGGAAAAAGAUACUUGGGCCUGCUGUAAUAUUUGAUUUUAAGCCUCUCACUUUACCUAAUCAACUCUGGAUAGGUAAACAAAGCAGCAAAAGAUCUACUAAAUAUAAUAAGAGUGUACAAAGUUUAAUAUCUAUACUGUAAAAAUGUAGCCUCCAUCAGUUGUAAAACUGACAAUAAUCUGGGGUUUGGCUUAUGACAAAAUAUGUCUUUACAUGCAAUACGCAGUAAGUGGUCAUCAAUUGUGCCUCCUUCUUUUUCUCAUCUCUAACAUUUAGAUUUUUCAACCUCUCUUUUAUUUCCUUGACCAAAAAAUAGCAGCCUGUUCAGGAUAUAACUGAAGGAAUCAAAGUUCAGCUUCUUUACAUUAUGGAAAUGUUUUGAACAUGACAACCAGUUGUUUAUAGGGACUUCCAUAACUUUGUUCAUAGUCUGCUGUGAGGAAAGAAAAUAAACUUAGGUUGACCAAGAGUUAAACUGGUGGAAACAGUCAACUGUUGUAACACUAUUAACAAUGUGGUGUCAUCUUUAUAACUUCUUUACAAAAUUAAAUGUAUGUGAUCAUCAUUUUUAUUUAAUCUCUGAUUAUUAAAACUUACAGAGUAAGAGAAAUAAACAGUCAGACAAUUAUUACAGUAUAUAAAAGAGCACUUUUACUUUUAUUUUAGGACUGCUUUAAUAUAAGAAAGGAUUGAUUUGUUAUGGAUCUCUUACAACUAAAAGACAAACAUU